AAUUACGGAUGUCUACGUCUUCUGUUUUGCCCACAGUUGAAAGGUCGAUUUGAAGAUGGCAGAGUCGUUGAUUUGUAACAACACACAAAGCAGGGUGAGUUCUGUGCUAAACAGAGAUGUGAAACAGUUCGGAAAGAAGUUCAUGUUUGAUUCCAAUGAGGAGACGUGCUGGAAUUCUGACCAGGGUGAAUCUCAGUGGGUAGUCUUUGAGUUUCCACAGCCUGUGAAAGUAUCAGAGCUCAUACUGCAGUUCCAAGGAGGGUUUUCAGGAAAAUCUUGUAAAUUAAAAGGUUCUGCCAAAGAAGAGGACCUCGAACAUAUUUUAGACUUCUAUCCAGAGGACAACAACUGUCUACAAAGUUUUCCCAUUCAAGAUGCCCCUUUGGUGCAGAGGCUGAAAAUAGUGUUUGAAAACAGUGCUGACUUUUUUGGAAGAAUAAUUGUUUACACAUUGGAUAUCCUGGGGGAAAAGGUUUUGUAAUGUUUUGAGAAAAGGACAGAGAGGAAGUAUGAAGAGGCGGGAAUGCCAACCAGCUUUUCCCCUUUGUUUUCACCUCUGGAUGUGGAGUUUAUUCCCACCUACUCACAGGGAAAGCAUCAACUGAUGUUACUUUAGAUCACAUCUAAUUUCUACAGAGGUUCUACAGAUUAUUCACGUGCCUUUUUAGGUCAACACACAUGAACUGCAUGUUUGUAAAAGAGUUUUUUAAUUAAAAAAAAGUAGAAAAACAGA